GCUAUCAUUUGUCAUUUGCGAUAAUAAACAUUCCACUAAAUUUAAAAUAGAGUUGCAUUUCUUAUAUUUAGUUCUUUUAAAGACAGUGAAAAAAGUGACAAUAUUGCAUCGUAAUCCAUAUGCAGUGUGCAGUAAACUAUUCUUCUUUGUUUUGGUGCUGUGUUAGUUUUCUUUGUUGUAGGUUAUGAGUCACAGUCUGCUUUCUUAUCGUAUUCAAUAUUUGUGGCUUUUAUAUCAAACCUAUUCUUCUAUUGGUAAUUUAAAUCCUCGAAUAUAAUAAAAAUAUCAAUAUGAAAGAAAGGUACAAAAGAUAAAUAACAUUGUUGAUAUCCAGAAGAUCAAAAAGAAAGAUAUACAGAUUAUCAAUGUUACAUCUGUGUGUAUAAAGAAAUGUUUAUAGUAUAUUAUAAUAAUGAAAUUAUUAUAAAGUGUACUUACAAAUAGUAUUGUGUAAAGUUUUUAUACCAAUUAGGUAUUUAUUGAAGUGUUAACACACUAUGGUUAAUGAAUAGAAAUGUAUGUGAAUAAGAAUACAAAUAUUUAACAUUGUGAAUUCUAAUUAUUCUUAAAAAGAAGAUGCACAGUAUUGUUCUAAACUCUGUCCAAAGUAUUAAAAUGAAGCUGAAACUAGUUUUUAUACCAUUUUAAAUGAUAUGAUUAAAACUAUAAAUAGUGAUUUGUAAAGAGAUAAACAUCAAACUGAAAAAGUACAAAUAAGCAUAUAAAGUAUUGCUUAUGUAAUAAAUUUUGAAACAUAUUUAUCUUUUACAAUAUCUCAGUUGUUAAAAAAGAAAAGAGAAAAUAUUCUGUACCAAAUAUGACUGGUGUAUUAAGAGAUAAACCGUGGGGAUUACAAUUAUUAGAAUAUGCAAUUUUCAAAUACUGUCCACAUAGUCGUGUCAAUCGAAUAGCAUGGCAUCAAGGUGGCAUCUUGGCACUUACAUAUUUAGCAUAUACCUGUUAUCAUAUGACAAGGAAACCUAUAUCCGUUGUAAAAAAUGUAUUGAGCCUGAACUGUAGCAGUUUGUCACCACCUGAUAAUAUUUUAAUUAAUAGCACAAAUAAAGAUACAUGGUGUGAUUGGGCUCCAUUUGAUACUUCGGAGGCACCAGCAUUACUUGGCAUGUUAGACUCAGCAUUUCUGUUUUCAUAUGCAGCAGCCAUGUUCCUCAGUGGUUUCAUAGCAGAAAGAGUAAACCUACGGUAUUUUCUAACAUUUGGUAUGCUUGGAUCGGGUAUAUCUUGUUACCUUUUUGGCAUUGCUAGGCCAUAUAAUAUCCAUAGUUUAUGGUAUUUUGUUUUGGUCCAAGCAAUGGGUGGUAUAUUCCAAACAUCAGGUUGGCCAGGUGUAGUCACAGUUGUUGGAAAUUGGUUUGGAAAAGGAAAACGAGGAUUAAUCUUUGGAAUAUGGAAUUCUCAUACAUCAUUAGGAAACAUUUUGGGUACUUUAAUAGCUGCUGAGUUUGUGGAAUCUGAUUGGGGUUUAACUUUCAUGGUACCUGGUGUUACAAUGGGCUUGGCAGGAUUUAUAAUAUUUCUAUUUCUAGAACCCAAUCCUAUAAAUGUAGGAUGUAUUCCACCUAUUUCUCCUAGGUAUAGAAAAUUCAAUGCUACCGACAGUUCAGACGAAGAGAAUGAUGCAGAUAUUUGUAGAAAUUGUAGUAAUGAUAUCGAAGACCGUCUCAUCUAUCGCUGUGCCUACCGCGAACAAAUUGGUGACGAAGAUUUGACAAGUUUAAGAUCUGAAACAAGUCCAAUAUUGGCAAGGCAUAGACGUUUACAAGAACAUCAUAGAGAAAAUGCCGUUGGAUUUAGAGGGGCUAUGGGUAUACCUGGAGUUAUAGAAUAUUCUCUUUCUUUAUUCUUUGCAAAGCUUGUAAGCUACACGUUCCUAUACUGGUUACCAUUGUACAUUGCAGCAUCAACUACUUAUGGUACAACGUUAAGCGCAAAUGUUUCGACUUUAUUUGAUGUUGGUGGUAUUGCAGGUGCAAUAAUAGCUGGUGUUUUAUCAGAUUACAGUGGUAUGAGUGCCCUAACAUGUGCAGUUAUGCUUGGAUUUGCAGUUCCUGCGUUAUUUAUAUAUGACUACAUUGGAAGCGCUAGCUUAUACGUCAAUAUGAUAUUACUAUCAAUAGUAGGAAUAUUAGUUAAUGGACCUUAUGCCUUGAUAACAACUGCUGUAUCUGCUGAACUUGGAACUCAUCCUAGUCUAGGAAAUAAUUCUAAAGCUUUAGCUACAGUUACUGCUAUCAUUGAUGGAACAGGCAGUAUUGGUGCUGCAGUUGGUCCAUUAUUAGCAGGUUUGGUAUCACAUUGGGCUGGUUGGCACAAUGUAUUUUAUAUGCUUAUGGUUGCAGAUAUGCUGGCAUUAUUGUUUUUAUCAAGAUUAGUUUACAGAGAUAUACAAGUACAUAGACAACGACGUAGAAUUGUUUAACGUCAUUCUCUUAUGUCAGAUAAUAAAUAAUGAAUAAAUAUGAAAAUAAACAAAUUUUACGAAUUUGCACCUGCAAUUUCAAUUUUUUUU